AUGACCAUUUGUCAGUUCUUCCUUCAAGGCCGCUGCCGAUUCGGAGACCGGUGCUGGAACGAACAUCCCGGCGCCAGGGGUGCGGGUGGAGGACGGCAGCCACAGCCCUCAGGUAGUAACAGAAGAGGAUGGAAUACCACCAGUCAGAGAUACUCCAAUGUUAUCCAGCCAUCCAGUUUCUCCAAGCCUGCACCAUGGGGGGGCAGCAGAGAUCAAGAAAAGCCAUCUUUUGCUUCUUUUGAUUCUGGAGAGUCCACUAGCAAGAACAAGGGAUUUGUCUUAUCUCAGAACCCAUUUGCUUCACCUGGCUCUGAUGACCAGAAAGAUGAUAAAAAGCUUCUGGAAGGAAUUGUUAAAGAUAUGGAGGUUUGGGAAUCAUCAGGGCAGUGGAUGUUUUCUGUUUAUUCACCGGUGAAAAAGAAACCGAAUAUUUCAGGUUUUACAGACAUUUCACCAGAGGAGUUGAGACUUGAAUACUAUAACUUCUUAACCAGCAAUAACUUACAGAGUUAUCUAAAUUCUGUCCAGCAGUUAAUAAACCAGUGGAGGAACAGGGUGAAUGAACUGAAAAGUCUAAAUACAUCAACUGCAAUAGCUUUGCUCUCCGAUUUACAGGAUGGAGUGAAUCAAGCAGCACCUUCAUUUGGUUUUGGCAAUAGGCAAGCAGUAACAUUUGGGUCACCAGGUUUUCCUGUGAAUAACAGCAGCAGCAGCAGUGCUCAGAAUUUUAGUUUUAAACCAAGCUCUGGAUUUGCUACAGCCCCUUCUGGAAGUCCUGCUGUGUUUGGGAAUACUCCAGCAUUUGGAGCUGUACCCGCUGCCAGUUCUGCCAUCCCUGCUGCUACUCCGACUUUUGGCCUUAGGAAACCCGAAAUCACAUCUGCUGCUUCAUUUUCAUUUAAAACCCCUGCAGCUUCUGGUUUUGGAUCAUCUGGAUUUUCAGGAUUUUCGCCUUCUAUGGCAGCAAGCCCUGUUGACUCUCCAGUGGCCCCAGCCUUUGGAAGUGGCAGUUCUGCAGCUGGUUUUGGUAGUUCAGGCUCACCGCCUCACACUGCUUUCUCUAAGUCAUCCAGUGACACUUUGGGAAACAGCAGUGUACCCACUUCUCUCUCUUUCUCACUUGGCAGCGCCACAACAGAUAAUGCAUUAUUCACACCCAAGGAUCAACUAACAGCAGAAGAACUGGAACAAUUUCAAUCCAAGAAGUUUACUCUGGGAAAAAUUCCAUUAAAGCCACCACCUGUGGAACUUCUAAAUAUUUAA